GUCAACUGCAAGUUGUAGUACGAAGUGUAUUAGUCAUCUCGUCAGCUGUGCAUUUUCAAAGCUCAGAUUUCGUUUUCCAAUCGCUGAUUGCUAGAUACCGCAACGCCUCAUACUUUUUAAAAGGAAUCGACCAUGUAACGCGAUACUUAAGUAAAUAUGCCUAGCCGCUUUUACGAUAAGAUAACAAAACAUUCAGUCCGCUAUUGCACCCAGUAUGACAAAAGAUAGGUUAGGUGAGCUCUUAAAGGCGCAGAAGAACAGUAAGAAGGAUGUCGAGCUUGACGUUGAACAAGAAAAUAACAAUGAGGGAGGGAAAAGUGACUUGAAAAAGACGUUUGAAAGGGCUGAAGUGAUAAGCCAAUGGUUGCAGGGCAUUGAAAAAAACGUUGAAGCUAUCAAAGAAUACGAAAGUAGGAUCAAUGACCUUAGGUAUAAUCAAACAGACCUCAACGAGAAAAUCGACACCUUAUUCCAAAACAACACCAGCAUCUGCCACAAAAUCAAUGCAAAACUGAAGGAAAUUGAUGAGGAGUUAAAACAAACUGCUGAAGACUCUGCAGAGGGCAGAAUCAAAGCAAUACAGUACAACACCCUCAAAACACGAUACAUAGAAACUUUCAAAAGCAACAACAAUGCAUUGGAAAAUUAUAGAAAUGUACAAAAGGCAAACUUGGAUGCCCAACUCAGAGCCAAAGGGAUUCGAAUGACAGAUGAAGAACUUGUGCAUUUAUUGGAGGAGAACACUGACAUGCAACUGUUUACUGACAACAUAAUCGCAGAUAGCAUAGAAGCAAAAAGACAAUUAAGGGAUAUCGAAGAAAGACAUCAACAAUUAUUGAAGAUCGAACGGAUGUUGAUGGAGAUUCGAGAUUUAUUCUUGCAAAUGGCCAUACUGGUUGAUACUCAGCAAGAGCUAAUUGAUAGGGUAGAAUACCAAGCACAGGCUGCGCGGGAUUUCGUUGCAAAGACACCGAAAAUCUUACAGGACGCUAGCAAAAAGAAAAGGAAUUAUUUGAAGUGUAAAAUAUACAUGGGGAUUACAAUACUUAUACUAGUGGUGAUACUUUUGAUAAUGCUGCUGAAGUGAUUUUUGUUAUUAUAGGACUUAUAUUUUGUAACUAAUUUAUUGAAUAAACAAUACCUGAGACGGAUUAUCUUUUAACA